AUGUAUUUGACGGAUGACAUGAUGGCGAAACAGUCAAUUUUAAGGCAGACCCAGAAAAACGGAUUAGGCUGUACUAGCGAAGGCGUUUAUUGGUUAAAAGGAAACAACGCACAGUCACCCACAACAAGGAGAGUUCCGUUGAAUGAAAGCGCAAAGGCAACUCCGGAAAUGAAUCGGCUGCUUGGCGGUUCAACAGUGCAUCGACAGAACAGUAGCGACGAGAAUUCUUCACCUUCUGCUGCUUAUCAUACGAUUGCUCGCACCACACAGCCGCAAAUGUCUUUUGCACAGCAGCAACAGCAGCAGCACCGGAUUGUCAUGAAUUCUCCGAAAUAUUCCACCGAAGCAACAGUUUCUGCUGAUGUUGUCAUACCUGCAAAUGCAAAUACGUUUGGAACAUUGCAGCGGAAUCAGCGACCAGAGUAUGUGUCAAGUGGUGGGCGACAAGUGCCACAAGGGCCACGUAGGUCAUCACUGCAAAAUUCGCUGAAUGCUGGGAUCGCUUCCGAUGGAACUCCGCUACUGACGGUAGGUAUCUUUCUUAAUACAGCUGCGAAAAGACAUUCAUAG